AUGAGCGAUUUGCCUGCGUUAUUACUCUUGGCAUUAGUUGUACUUUAUGUCAUUUUAAAGUUCUUGAAUGUAGUCGAGCCGGCAAGAGCCCCAAAGUUGUUUUUUCGAAGAGCCGGAAGAGGGGAUCGUCUUGUUACUCAAAUCGUCAACUUAUGUCCAAUUUUGCAACAAAGGUGAGGAGAGAAAUCAAGAUGCAUAAACAGUUUAUUUGCAUGUGUAUUGAUUUUUCUGAUUACAGAGUUGGCUGUUAUAAAGUGUAACUUAUAUAAAUGUAUUAAUGUUGUAUAUAAAACAACACAUAAAAGCGGAAUUACUGUCAGUUUGUGGAUUAAUGCGAGAAUAGAAAAUAAAAUAAUGCAAAUGCAGCUAGGUAUAAAUUUCUGAUUGCUAAAAAUAAGUACACAAAGGUUCGAUGUAAGGAGCUGUUUAUAUGCGGCGAGCCAGCCAGCCCGGGUACAUGGGCUGGCCCGUUUUAGCUGAGAUCCCACUCAAUUUCCUUUUGCGUUUAUAUGGGAGCAUUCGCUGGCCCGACAAAACAAGAUCUCGGGUGACCAGGCUAGGAAUUUUCCAUAUAAACGCAAUGACCCCUGUGCGUAUAGGAUAUGGCAAAACUACAAGCGGAAUGCAUGCUUUGACAAGCAUAUAUGGCAAACUUAACAGUUUGGAAUUCAGCUACAAGUUUUUCAAGGAUACAGGAUGGUGUAUAUACCUGUACCAAGGCCAGACAGCGCUAUUCACCUGAAAGCAAUUGUGGUUAACCCUUGCAAACAGCCAGAAAUGUUGUGAAAUUUUUUUUCUAUAUUUUUAGAUAUGUACCCCCAUUAUUAUGGGGUAAAAAUGGCCAUUUGCACACAUUUGUAUUUUCCAAACUCAGUCCUAAGAUUGAAUGCAGGGCAACAUGGCAGCAUAGUGUUAAACUGGAGGAUAAUUCCACUGUCAUAUUUGAUAUUUUUGAACCAUGUCCAGAUGAAAAAAGUGAGGUAGGGAAACAGAUACAGCUUCAGUUGUUGUUGACAUCUGAGAGUUGUGGUAAUUUG